UGAAAACUGUAACUUGUUAGCGAUUAAUCAUUGGAGACACCAGGACCCAACUGUUCAUCUGAGCGACACCCACUCCGGAUAAGGCAGCGCCAGCCUCGGGGACCCGCACGUUCCCGCCCCGCUCCCGGGCUCCGGGCGACUCGGCGGCGCUCCUCCCGCGCGCGGCCGCACCAAGUUUCCGGGAAGAUCGGGCACUUUGGGCCCCGGGGCGCGGCGCUCGGCGGGCCGAGGCGGGUGCAGUGUUUGGCAGUCGUGCCUUACUUUGAAGAAUAUGCAGGGAAAGUCUUGAAAGAGAUAUCCAAAGGAGAAGACGGUGUUUCCCUGUCUGUACGACGCACAGAAGGGAAUCAUGGCAACUGGUGAAGACAAGGAAAAACAAGCUCUUAAGGCGGAUUGGCAUGAUGACAAACCUAAGAAAGAUGAACAAUACCAGAAAUUAAUUGAUGAAAUGGUGAAGGAAAAUGUUCAGUUAAAGGAGGAGAUCCAAAAGCUUGAAGUUGAGUUACAAGAGGCCACCAAAACCGCUCAGGUUCAAGAGGAUAUUCCUGAAACAAAGUUGAAAUUUACAUCUUUAGAGAAUCCUGAGAAUUACCGCCAGUUUUUAAAUACCUGCUGUUCAUUUCAAGUGAGCCCCCACUUUACUUAUGAGCUGCAAAAAGGAGAAGCGCUUAUCACCUUUGAAAAAGAAGAAGUUGCCCAACGUGUGAUCAGAAUGGGGAAACAUCAUGUGCAGAUACAGGAUGUAUUUGUGGAGAUUAUGGCCAAGCCGGUUCCAUUGAAGUUAGGAGUCAGAUUCCAGGUUCACGUAGAAGUGUCUAAGAUGAAGAUCAAUGUUACUGAAAUUCCUGAUGAACUCCCUGAAAGUCAGAUGAGAGACAAGCUAGAACUGAGCUUUUCUAAGUCCCGAAAUGGAGGUGGAGAAGUGGAAUGCGUGGAGUAUGAUAAGCAGGCCGGAAGUGCUGUCAUCACCUUUGUGGAAACUGGAGUUGCUGACAAGAUUUUGAAAAACAAAGACUAUCCUCUUUAUAUAAAUCAAAACUGCCAUAGAGUUGUUGUUUCUUCAUACAUAGAAACACACUUGAAAAAGUUUCAGGUAUUUUCAGGAAUAUCUAAGAGGACGGUGCUUCUGACCGGAUUGCAAAACGUUGAGGUGAUGGAUGAAGAAACUGUAGAGGAUUUAGUUAACAUUCACUUUCAACGAGAGAAGAAUGGAGGUGGAGAAGUAGAUGUGGUCAAAUGUUCUCUCAGCCAACCUCACAUAGCGUACUUUCAAGAAUAGGCUCAUGGAAUCACAUGAAAAUUAGAGCUUCUGUGCCCAAAUCACUGUCAAUGUUUGACAGAAAUGAAUAUUUUUUUUCCUUAAAAAAUGAAAACUUUAAUUCUUUAGUGUCUGUAUAUUCUUAGAGACAAAAUGUAUUUUAAUUGUUUUGAAUUUCUCAUUUCCAUUUACAAAUGCAAUAAGCGCACUGUAUUAAAAACAGUUUUGUUCAUAAAUUAUCUGGAUUGGUACCAUGUCUGUUGAAAUCAACCGUAAGUGAUACAAUUGUCCCCCUGCCAUGCUGGCUUAUUCUGUCAUAGUCAUGUGGGCCAAUUCUGUUUUGCACCAAUAUGCAGACUUGACUCAACAUUUCCCCAAAGAAAUGUUACAUUCAGCAGUUUGUGAUUUCUGUAGACUUUACUGAAUUUUCAAGGGACUUCAAGAGCAAUCAUUUCUCGCUUUCCAUAGUAUUUCACUCUGCAGCAACAAAGGUAUUUCUCAGGACCAAGUAAAGUUGUUUAUUUUCUUGAAUUUUCCUUCACCCAGUGUGCCAAAUGACCCCUAUUCCUUCCAAGACAUCCCCUCUCUAAAUAGAACUUGUAAAGACCAGAAUUUUCUUUCUUUUUUAUUUGUAACAGAAAUAAACAGUUUAAGGGAUUGAAAACCUUGGAAAAAAGAAGUAAAUGCAAAGCUCCUGGCUCAUCACUUACCAUGUUAGGUGCUGGGGGAUGGAUGCCUGAAGGCACUUGCCCUUGAAGAGCUAAAAAUUUAGUUGGAGAUCCCCAGUUUAUUAGCAUCCCACUGGUUUAACUUGCAGAGAAUUGAAAUGGUAAAAUUCAAGGUUCCUACUUGGGGCAGGUAAAAUUCUCUUUGGUAAAGAACGUGUGGAUCGCUUUUAUCCUAAUAUCGUAUGUUUCGUGAAGAGCCAGCAGCACAAUUAAAUUCAUAUUAAAAGGCUGGCAGAAGUGAACUGCUUUUAGAAAAGAUUCUAAACCUGUCUAAAGUUUGCCAUCUAAAUUGAAUGCAGAGAAAAAGCUUUAAAUAAAAAAGCUUCAUUUGCCUUCAUUUUAUGUUGAGAUGUUAAAGUUGUUAUGCUACCAUCAGAAGUACUCAUUACUCCCACAUUUCUCUUUGGAAUGAGAGAUUAUGCCUAAAAACUGGGCAUUUAUAAUAAAUCUUCAUUGUUUUAGGAAAAAAUCUCGCUCAUUCUGUCAUUGUUCUUUGGAAAUAGUAAGAUUAUGUCAAGCUGCCCAGAAUAUAAGAAGAUAAAUUUAAAGAACCUCAUUUAAUUUCGACUGGUUCAAUCUCACUAGAACAGGGGGUGUCAUUUUUAGUCUGGGCAGACCGCCAAUCAGAAGGAAUUUUUUCCUAAUAUUUAGGACAAGGUUUGAAAAAGUCAGUUUUGUUUCCUUUGGGAACCUUCUUCAGGCAGUAAAGUGGAUAAUUUCAUUCAAUUCUAAAUUUUCAAAAUGGUUUUUGAUAAAUGUUACUUAUCUUAGAAAAUUAUACUUUUCCUCUUUGCACUGCUCCACACGUGUGAUCUGGCUGGAUCUCAGAAACCAAGCAUUGGCUUUCCUGCUUAUUUACAGAGGUUUAGAGAUUUUACAGGAGGGAAGUUGUCUUUGAAAAUUUACCACAUUGUAUUAAACACAUUGUAUUUUAAGUUAGAAAGACUUAAAUUGUGUGUCCAGGAUGAGAUAGCUCUACUUAAUGUGUGAAAAGACAUUGUUACUAUAUGUCAAGAAAGAUAGAUAUGUCGAGUUACAAGUCCCUCUUGCUGUGUGGAGAUUUAUCAGUCACAACAGACUAAGUUUCCUGUCAUAACAAACUACCUCCCAAAUCUCAUUCACAUUGAACGUCCAACACAGGUUGGGAGGGGACUCUGUUUGUCAUAGUUGCUUAAGGCCCCAUCUCGACGCGUUCUUCCAGAAUCAUGGAGGUGGGAAAAAGUGAAACCUGGAGAUUCUUGCACCAGCAAUAAAAUGCUGUGACCCAGAAGUGACCGGUGGUGUUUCUCUCGCAUCUCAUUGGCCAGAAAUAGUCAUAAGGGGACUAGAAAAUUCUGUCUUGUAAAAAUGAGGCGAACCAGAUACAGUUGAGUCAGAAGAAUAACGAACAUAGUCUGUCCUGUCCUACUAAUCGUCAAUAUUUGGAUCACUCUUUUUCACAUACAAAAUAUACCCCAUCCCCAAGGGAGAAAAACGAAAAAUUCCCCCAAUCAUGGCAGCAAACUCAAAGUACAUGAACUCUAGGUGACACGUGGUAGUUUCUAUAUCAGGUCUGAAUGUUACUCCUCUUUAUCUGGAGACUCCCAAGAUACAGUGAUGGAACUGGAACAACAUGACUGGAAUAAACUACACAUUUAGAAAGGGACAGAAUGAGGGGCACAUAGCAGUCACUGAGCCAAAAGCCAUCCUGAAAUCCCAUUGAGUAGAUGUGUGUUCCAUAUCUGGGAUUUUGAUUAGGCCAUGAUUCCACUCCCUGGAAAUUCUUCUCAGCUCGUUGUCCUCAUACCUCCUAGACAGUCUUCUUUUGCCAAUACUUUCCUUGGCCAUACCUAGAAUGGACAUUUGAAAUACAUCUUUCUUGGAGGCUGAAAAGCUUCCACAGUCAGUACACUUCCUAUAAUCAAUGUUUGAGACCAAAGUUUUUCAAGUUUUGAACUAUCAUAGUCUCUUUACUCCACCAGGUGACUAGUUAGCUGAUACAAUUCAAAAAUUUACUUGGCUUCUUACCUAUUUUAUUCUGGUCAGCUUACAUGUGGUAAUAGCAUCACUAACAGUUUUUAUCUGGACUUACUUGCUAUAAUUCUCUGUUUUCUUGACCCCAUUGUUCUCUCCACUAAAUUACAGGUACUUUGGGUGUAUCAGGCCACUUUUGGUUUCUUUGCUCUGAGCCGGUUUGUCCAGUUGAAAGGGUUUAUUGACUUCCACAAACUUAAUUGGUAUUUUUGCUUUGAGGGACUUUAAUAUGUUCAGAGAUUUAAACCUUGAUUUAAUUAUUGAUUUGAUCUCUAUGAUAAGGUGGAGUUCUAAUCAGCCUUUGUUACUCAAAGGUCUUCUCAGUUUUAUCAUUUGAGAAUGAGAAGUGUUACUUCCAACCCUACAAGUUCCCAUAUUUCUGGACUUUCUCUAUUUCCUUUCAUUACUGCUUUCAAACUGGUUCAUUUCAAUUCAAAGCUCUUCUCUUUCUUAUAUUAGUUUGUCAAAUGCUCCCAAUAAUAAUAAACAUACUGCUGACUUUGAUGUUCACACUCUUUUUUAAAACAUACUACAGGCUAAUUAGGUACAUUAUCUGCCUUCCAAGCUAAAAUGUGUGAGUUUUACCAAAUGUUUUCCUACUACGUAAUGCGGAGCACCAUCCUUCUGAUCUCCAACAAAUAUUUUCUAAUUACCUGCUAGUUGGCCCCUAAGCCAAAGCCGUGUAUUUUAUAUUAUGCUGUGGAUUGUGUGUGUGUGUGUGUUUUGUUUGUUUGUUUGUUUGGCUGUAACAAUACUCCCUUUCAGAAUACCAACUUCUGUAUCAAUCUGGAGAGACUAUGUGAUGCUGGUAUGACAAAUUAUCUCCAAAUUUUAGAGAUCUAAAACAACAAAAGUUUAAUUGAACCAGAGGUAAGGAUGCGGCCCUACUCAACCAUAAAGGAUCUUGGAUGUUCAAUCCUACCAUAUGCUUGGAAGGCAGAAAGCCAGAACUGUAUAGUGAAUAGCGUUAAUGAUAUUUGGUUGGUAUUCAUCAGGAAAAGAUGCUUAUUCUUGAAAAAUAUGCAAAGUAUAAUGAAGAUAAAAAUCACCAAAAAUCCACCCACAGAUAUA